AUGGCGCUCGUGGGGAUGCGCUUGCUGCUGUUGUUCUUGGUCGGGGACUCGGCAGCCUCUUUGAAUGCUCAAUUUAGUCAACAUUCAGAACAUAGAACACCAAACUGUGAUCAGUAUAAAUUACCAGGAUGUCCCAGGGACUUUAGCCCUGUGUGUGGAAGCGACAUGUCCACUUAUCCCACUGAGUGUGUUCUGUGCAUGAAAAUCAGGGAUGAUGGUCAUGAUAUUAAAAUAAUCCGAAGUGGACCAUGCUGA